CGCAUGCUCCGUCGAAUUAUUUGGUCUCUUACCGCACAGUCCUUGUUACUCAUUUUCUCUAUACUUCUGUUUCACAGGGGGACUCAUUGUUCCAGCUGGUGCCUUUGGUAUCCUCGUUGGAGGUCUCAUUCUGAAUCGGUUCCGUUUCCGACGUCGUGGUGCUAUCCGGUUUGUGACUGUGGUGAAUUUGGUCAUUAUGGCCGGAAUUGCCUCAUUCUUUUUCCUUGGUUGUGCCAAUCCCCCGGUGGCUGGAAUUACCGUCGACUAUCCCUCACACAGGUAUGGUCUGUAUAGUUAUUUUUAACUUUUUUGUCUG